CUUGAUUUGCGCAACUCGAUCCUGCCUCGCAAUGCAUCCUGGCUUCGUGGCCAUCAAGCAUGAUGAUAAAAGUGAGUCCAUGACCACCACCAUCCAUGCGGACCUCCACAACACCAACCUCAACAACGCCGCGCUGAGAAUCCGUCUCGACGAGCUCACCUGGUUCCUCGAGACGAAGUGCUAUCUUUACUGGUUGGACAUGGAUCUGAGCUUCAACCCCAUCUCCGAUGAGGGCAUCUACCAAAGCUUAGUACCCUUCCUGCAGCGCUGGGGGAAAUGCAUCAUCAGGCUGAGGCUCACUGGUACCGCCAUCAGUGGUAGGGCCCUGCGGGCGUUGUGCGCCUUUGUGCGCCAAGGGGGUGUGGAUGAAAUUCACUGCUCCCGCAUCAACAACCCGGACCAGGACUCUGUGCUGGAAUUGCUGAAGGCGGCCAAGGAGUCCAGAUAUCCUCGCCAGGGAGUGACUCCUUUGAUGCUCAGAUUGGACCAGAACAACCUGCCCCCGAAGGAGAUCCUCGACAAAGCCGAGGGUGUGGGCGUGCGUUGCAAAGUCUUGACCUCUGAUGUGGAGCUGAAUGAGAUGAUGCAGAGAAGGAAAGCGGCCAAGCAAAAGCCCCUGCUGGUGGCGACCGUUCCGCAGACGGUGGACCUGCCGCUGUUCCAUGACCAGCAGAUGCCUCGGAACCCUGAGAAGGAGCCUCUCCGUGGGAUACCGCGAGGUGUUCAGGGCACGCCCUUCCAGCCGGAGGCUCACUUGUCCGCCCCGGGACCCUUGCGGACCACCACUUGGGGCCCGGACACCGCGCCCACGACGCCUGAGCGCAUUCCCAAGACCCUGGAGUCACUGCUGACGCCGCCACCCGUGCUGCCAGCACACGCCAAAGGCCGCCCACAGGCGCCGGCGGUCCCGCCGCCCCUGUACCGCCUGCUGGAGGCGCCCCCAUCUGAUGCCAGGGAAGCACUCCUGGAGAAGGCCAUGCAGCAGACGGUGCAGUCCAAGUCGGCCCCUCCGGCCAGGAGCGCUUUCAUGCCUGGCCAGCAGGGCUCAUCCUGCCGCCCAUCGAGCGCGAAUGUGAGAGCUUUCUCUCCGUUGGAUCACAUCCAGCCACCACCCCAGGCGCACUCGAACCGCAGCCCAGCGCCAAGGCAGCUGCCUCCGCAGCCGAAGUUCAGGCCGGAGAAGCCCCUGGACCAGGACGUGGUGCGCUUGCAGCUGGACCAGCUGCGGGAACAGCUUGACAAGCAAUCUGCACCCAAGGUGCUGUCAAAGCCUACUAUGCCGCGGAGCUGGCUAGCCCCGAAGCCCUCUACUGCACGGGCGGCCUUGCCACCGCCGUGCCCGGCCUUGCCGCCACCGCCAAGUACACCGAAUGAGGAGAACGGCUGGCACGAUGUGUCCAAGUCUGAGUGGCAGGAGAAAGGCUGGAACGAUGUGUCCAAGUCUGAGUGGCAGGCUGAUUGGACGGGCAAGAGCGACUGGUCCCAGUGGCAGGAUGAUUGGAAGGGCAAGAGCAACUGGUCCCAGUGGCAGGACUGGAAGGACAACAAGGAAGAGGCAGAGUGGAAGGACUGGAAGGACAAGGAAGAAGCAGAAUGGAAGGAUGACUCGAAGGGCAAGAACGGCAAGAACGACUGGUCCCAGCAGCAGGAUGACUCGAAGGGCAAGAACGGCAAGAACGACUGGUCCCAGCAGCAGGAUGACUCGAAGGGCAAGAACGGCAAGAACGACUGGUCCCAGCAACAGGGCUGGAAGGACAGCGAGAAGGAGCCGGAGACGCGGAAGAUGAGCAGUCAACAAAUGCGAAGCAAGAGCCGGAGCCGAAGCCCGAGCAGCCGAGAGAAGAGAAGCGCCUUCCAGGACAAAAGCGACGACCCAGAAGAUGAGAGGAAGGACGAUGAGAGGGAGGCCGAUGACAAGGAUGACAAAGAGUGGGAGCAGUUCUACAUCAGAGUGAUGAAGAUGGACAUGGAUGAGAAGAGACGGAGACACAGCAAGGUGUUUGAUGACAAGGACGAGAAGGUGGUUGUGGAGGAGCCGGUGGAACUGCCGCUGGAGAAGACGGAGAUCCAGGAGGCGGACGACACGGUGGAGCCCAUGGAGCUUCCCGAAGAACCUGAGCCAGAGGAGCCGGCAGACUCGGAGCCGGAGCCGUCGCUGCCGCCGCGGCCCGCGCUGCCCGCGCUGCCUCCCCCGCCCCCGCCGGCGCCGGCAGUGCGCGCGGGGCCCCUGAGCCGCGUGCCGCGAGGCUUGCAGCCGAAAGGCUCGCAGCCGCCGCCGGAGCCAAAGGCGCUGCCGAAGGUGCUGCCGAAGGCACCAAAGCGAGGGAGUGCGAGCUACAAGAAAGACGAGGCUGCGAAGAAGGAGGAGGAGGAAGAGUCGUGGAUCUGGCCUCGCGAGGACCCGAGGAGUAAAGCUUCACGAAUCGCCUACGCGGACAGAUUCAUGACGCGAGCUGCGGCAAAGGCCCGCACCAUGGCCAAACUGACCAACUUCCAGUGCCACUGCCGGGGUAGCCUGAGCGACCUAGGCGAGAACAAGGCGCGGACGAAUGCCAAGAGCAGGCUUUUUCAGAUUGGGCUUGUGUUGCUCCCGUUUGCUUGGCCCCCC